AGUGAGAUAAGGAUUCAGGUUUAUUUCUUCAUGGUCGUAGCGGUAACACGAUUUCACAGCUUAAGAUAAAAAAUAAAGAUUCAAUUUUUUUCUCUCCUUAUGAUUCUUGAUAUAUAUUCGCUGCAUUGUCCUUUUGAUUCGUUGUAUGCUAGUCACGAAAAAGAAAACACAAACACCUUAGAAUCGGCGAUUCAGUCCCCCUUGAGUCCCCGACUCCCCACUCCUGUCUCGACUCUUUACCUAAGCUUCUGCUCGGCCCCAUCCCCGUGCGUCUCCUCCCGGCUUUCGUCUCGCUCUGAGCUCGCCUCUACCAUGGCGACUAGGGUUUAGUAGCGCCGCAGCCUCCAUCACUGCCAUCCUCAACUCCGUACCGGAUCCGGAAGAGGCGUCGGUUCGUCCUCAACGUCGCCAACCUCCGCUCCCCGUCGUCCUCACCCCCUCUAUCUCGUCAAGGCUUGAUAUUUAACGGGCUCUGGGCAGAGUUUAACAAGUUUCAGCAAUGGGGUUUGAUAAUGAAUGUAUCUUGAAUAUUCAAUCCCUUCCUGGUGAAUAUUUCUGCCCUGUUUGCCGGACACUUGUGUAUCCCAAUGAGGCCCUACAAACUCAAUGCACACAUCUCUACUGCAAAUCCUGCUUGGCAUAUGUAGUGGCAACCACACAAGCUUGUCCUUAUGAUGGAUACCUUGUAACAGAAGCUGAUUCGAAGCCUCUUAUGGAAUCAAAUAAAACUCUUGCUGAGACUAUUGGCAAAGUUGCGGUCUAUUGCCUGUAUAAUAAGAGUGGCUGCCAAUGGCAUGGAGAGCUAUCCGCCUGUACCACACAUGGUACUACUUGUGCAUAUGGGAACUCUCCUGUUGUUUGCAAUCGUUGUGGGACACAAAUUGUGCAUCGUCAAGUACAAGAACAUGCUCAACUCUGCCAUGGCUUACAAUCUCAAACCCAACAAGCUGAUGGUAGUCAGGUGCAGCUAGCGGCGGCAACAACUCAGCCAGUCACCCAAGACCCAUCACUUGCUUCAGCUGGAUCUGCUGCACCUGCAGUUACAACCCUACCAAAGCCAUCUUUAACUACAGCCACAGCUGUAACAAGUUCUGCAACAGCAACAGGAGGGGCAGCUGGUGCAACCACAGCAGCAGUGCCUUCUUCAGCCGCAUCUAUUUCUGCUUCCCAAACUCCAACAGCUGAGCAAUGGUACCAGCAGCAGCAGCAGCUCCAAUACUCACAAUAUUAUCAGCAGCAGCAUCCUGGAUCCAACCCUUACAUGCAGCAAUAUCAACAGUAUAACCAAUACCAGCAGGCGUAUCAGCAUUACAUGCAACCUUCAAUGCAAGUACCAUCCCAAAAUGUGGUGCAAGGAUCUGCACAACCUGCUUCUUAUGUUCAGCCUCAAGUGCAAUCCUCCCAACUGAUGAUGCAAGCUCAAAGUCAACCCCAGGUCCAUCCAUUGACAAGUCAACCGCAGCUUCAGCAGCAUCCAGUUCAACCUCAUCCCCAAAGUCACCCUCAUCUUUCCCAUGUUCAACUACCUGCAGAUCAGUCACAGCUUCAUCAAUCAAUUCAGUCAGCCCAAGUUCCACAGUUCCAACCAAGUCAUGUUCCUCUCCAACCAUCUGGUCUCCAAGUACAACCUGCAGCACAUCCAUCUGCUCUUACUCAAGUUGGUAACCAGCAAGUUGCUACUCAAGCAACGGCUCAUCAGGUGCAGCCACAUGUACGAGUUCAACCUCCGCAGCAGCAACAUAUUGUUGCACAGCAACAACAUCCACAUCUGCAAGCUUUACCUCCACAUCAAAAUAUUCAACCUCAGAUGCAGUUAAACUCUCAAGUUCAGCUGCAGCCUCCACAUGCCCAGCAGCAAGCUUACCCACAACCACAGGCCUAUCCUCAACAAACACAUCAUAUGCACCCCCAGAAUGCUUCAUAUACACAGCAGCAAACACAAGGUGCUCUUUUGCAACCUGUACCUGUGUCCCAUCAACAAGCACAUGUUUCUCAUCAUCCUGCACCAAUGCGUCCUCCGUUGCCAAGUCAACAGCCAGCUUUGCAGCCUUUUCAGGGAAUUCAACGUACAACACAACAUGGAAAACAUAUUGGAUUUCAUGCUCAGUGGCCACCAAUGGGUUCCAACAUUUCUUCCCAGGCACCACCACAGGGAUUCCCUGCAAACUCAUCUGUUUCUUCACAAUCAGUUCAACCAUACCAGCAAGGAAUGUCUUCAUCACAACAGGUGCAUUCCCAACCUGGUCAGCCUUAUACACAGCAUCAUGUUACUGGCAAUACUGGACAUGUUCAAACUUCAGCUGGCAGAUCUAUGACUCAUCUUGCACCAACACAGCAGUUUCAGCACCAACAAUCAGCAGUGCUUAGAACUGAGUCACCUGCUGCUGCGCACCCUAUUGGGCAGGGUUCUUUAGAUCUUGAAAAACAUACUUCAAAAUCAGGGAAGUCAGAAAAUGCAAUUAAUGCUGCUGUCAGUGAAAAUAAAAUUAGCGGUGCUGACUCAGCUGCCAUGAGACCUACAAAGCCUCAAUCAGGUGAGGAAAACAUGAACAGUGAACAAAAUGGUUUUGUUGGUGUUAGAAAAGAUGCAGUGCAAACUGGCAUUGUAUCACACGGUUUAGAUGGUUCAAUUAGGAGGGAUGGGAAUACUGACCAGGCAGGUAAUUCACAUGGUCUAGUUGUGCAGGGAGGCAAAGACCAUAAGGCUUCAGAUGUUACUAAUCGUGAGAAAGAACAAUCAUUUCAGCAGGCAUCACUGCAAAAUGCAGGGGCACUGGGCUCUUAUGUGCCCCCAGGUGUGGUACCACAACAUCCAUCUGGACCAGAUAAAAUGCUUCCUCAGCAUAUUAUGAAUCCUGGUCAUAAGCAUGGUUCCUCUGAAAAUAUCCGUCCUCCGUUGCAACAACCAUAUGGUUUGUUUCAUUCUGGAAAGAUAUCAAGGCCAUUUGGAGAGAACCAGAUUCAGAUGCCUAUGUCACAGCCUGGGGGUAUCAGACCUGGUGAUGGUAUGAUCCGACCUCCUGUGGUUGGCCCAUUACCUGGACAUCAUGGUGCAGUGUUGUCUCCUUUUGAUCUUGAACAUUUGGGCCAGCCACAUUCUCUCGGAAUGUUGAACAGCAAUGACUUUGGUGGUGAGGGGUUCAAUACUUCAAGGGGUGCUGCAUAUCCCGGAAGACAUGAUAAUAUCGAAGACGAUCGGAAACAUUUUCCAGCACCAGCCCUUCUGGAUGGUCAAGGCUUGCAAAGGGACCCUAGACAUUUUGAGAGAGCUUUAGUUAGACCUGAUGGUUUCCUUGAUUCAGUACCUGGAAGGCCUCCUUUUCCAAACCAUAGAAGUGUAGGUUUGCAUGAGGGUUUUCCAAGAAAACAAAACACAACUGCCAGUCACCCUGACGUCCUGUCACAUGGAGCAGAAUUUGAUCAUCACAGGGCUAUUGGAAUGCCUAAUUUCAGAAAUCCAGGCCCAUUUGCUCAAGGGACAAGUGGUGGUCCUGGUGCGCCCCCUAAAAACCAGCUUGGCUCUGGUAACCUUCCUGGAAACAUACAACAUGCUUUUGCAGGCCCAGACAUCCCUCCAGCUCCUUUUAACCUUGGUGACAUGCAUCCAGGUGACCCUCAUCUUGUUGCUGACUAUUCUCAGCAUGGAUUUCCUAAAACUGCAGCACACUUUGGUUUGGGUGGAUUCUCGAGAAAUGGGAAUUCUGGUUGGUGCCGAAUAUGCAUGUUUAACUGUGGGACCGCAGAGAAUCUGGAUCUGCAUGUACAAACAAGGGAACAUCAGCAAUGUGCAAUGGACAUUAUCCUGAAAAUGAAGCAAGAUGUUGCAAAGAGGAAAAAACUGAAUUAUGGAGGCCCCAAGUCGGUCAACAACAAAAAGGUUUCUGGGAAGGGCCAUUUUCGUGGGAAUAGGCGCUAGUGUUACCUGAUUCAGCUUGAUGUGAAUUUGAAGGUUGCUACUGGUGCUUUUGGACGUUUCAUAGGCAAUUGAGAGUUGAGAUCUCUUCAGACAUCAUGUUCACGCGGUUCAGAGUAUUUGAAGUGGAACUUGUAAUGUUCCCAAACUUUUGUUGCCAUGUUGAUCUGCAGAGUUCACAUGGCUAUGUUUACUUUACGUAUUUUUGCUGAAGUUCUGGGAUUGCUUAACAUGCUAGUACCCUUCUUCUGUAUGCGAUGAUUUAUGACUACUGUUUGUUUCAACUAGGCUCAUGCUUUGUCUAAUGCGACCUAAUAAUAGACCACACUGAAACUUUUACAAAGAGACAUGUAAUUGUGUCAUCAGACAUCCAGAACAUGGUAAUUUUUUGUUGGAAUCUUUUGGUAAGGGGCUGAUGGGAACAUGUAAAAGGUACUUUCAGUGCCUGAAAAUUAUGCUAGUUUUUCAUAGUUUAAUUCAAAAAAAAAAAUCUAAGGGUGUGGUGUCUAAAUAGAGUUCCUUUACACCACUAAGCCCAAUUUGCUUAAUGAUAUAUUUUAAAAUUAUUGAAUGCUGAUUCCAUGAUAUGUUCCCAUUCAAAACAAGGGAGGACAAAAGUGCUGCAUUCUGGAAUAAACACAUGGGCUAGAGUUGUUGACAUAUCAUUGCAUGACAACAACAAAGCCAUCCAAAUCAACAAAAAUAAUCUCAUUAAAGUGGUGCCUAUUUUGUGCCUGAGGGAUCCAUUAGUGUUAAAGGGAGGUUUGGAAGCCUGGAAGGAAACACAAAAGUAUGAAGAGGUUUGAAUUGGGACAUGUACUUUGAAUGUUAGCAUGAGAUGGGAGGGAAUUGAUGGUAAACCUUGUUUGGAACCAAAGUAUGUAGGUUGUGCUCAAAUAUAGAAGAAAAAGAAAGAUAUCUUGAUUUUCAUAUGAAUACUAGUACGUGCAUCAUGUAUGCAGAGCUUUUUGAUACUGAUACUGGAGUUUUAUUAUUCACUUCUAGUUAGUUAGUUAGUUAUUCGAGGUAGUGAUGGUUUUAUUAUCAUGGGUUUGAUGUUCAGAAUAGGACAUCAUUGAACCCUACAAGCACUAAAUGUUGUGGGUAAAAUACCUAAGUUUCUAAUUCACUGCUGCUGGGCAGAUGGCUUGUUCAGUUAUGUUUGAUAUGAUUUUUCGCAUGUGAUAUAUUUUGCUGAUGGUGGUGUUUCUCUAGAUGUCUGUUUUAAAUCAUCUGUAUUUGCUGUUUGUUUGCUAAGCAGAAACUGGAAAGUGUAGGAUAAUUUCCAGCAGAGGGCUCCUGUCAUACUUGCUUGUUUCCCUAACGAUGGUAAGGAUGACAUGCUUUGAUAUGCUGGUAAGGAAAGAUAUGUAUUGAGCUUUUACUACAAUACACUUCAAACUUUUGGACUGAAGUUUUUCAUAUAUGGAUUAUUGCUAAAGUGCUGAAGGCCGAAGCCAAUCUGUGACCUGUCAAUUACUUGGACACUAAUGACCUGUUUGGUUCGCUGCCUAACUUACCACAGUUUGCCACACAUAAGGUUAGGCAAGUUUGAUCAACUUAGGCGCGUGUUUGGUUUGUAGUCACAGUUGUGGCAAGAUUUGUCUCUUGCUGCGUUGGUCCCACUCAUCAAUGACUUAUAAAAGUGUAGCAUGAUUCUCUUAGGCAUUGCCAAAAUGCGGCAAAGAAUUUGAGCGCCUAACCUUUGGCAUGUGUGGCAGAAAAUAUAUGGCAAUUUAUGACACCUUAGCCGUACAACCAAACAGACGCUAAAGGUCCCAGUUUGUAUAAUUGUGAGGCCAUCAUGAACUGCUAUGCUUUUGUUCGUAGGAAACAACAUAAGAUAUAUUUAUGUGUAAAUUAAUAGAUUGUUCAUAUCUAUGUUCAUUCGGGGUAAGGAGUGACAUUACAAUGUCUUGGUUGAACUCAAUUUAUGUGAUCGCCAAGUGGUUCAAGUGUGCCCCAAUGUUAUGUUUGUUCACUUUCCAGUGCUUAGUUUGCCGGAUGCUGUUGCCCACAGAAGAUGCCCCCCCAAACAAACAAAAUUGGUUGGGCAUCACUUGUAAUAUAUUUCUCCCAAAUGCAGGUUGUUUGGGGUUAGACUUGUUACAUACAUUCUUCACCUGCUCAUGGAUUUUGUCCAAACUACUCAUAGGGUUAUCGUUCACAUGUGUAACUUAUUCAGCACACUACUGUGAUUUUUUUAUAGAACUAGGUAGGAUGGUUAUUUAGCAAGAUGAUGGUAUGAUUCAAAACAACUUGGUGCUUUCUGCUACUACCCUUGACUUGUAGCCCGCUAUUAGUUUGGAUAUAACCAAUCAAUUAAAAGGCACCCUUUGGAUGUAAGCACAAUUCGGUUGGCUGCUUCCAAUUGAUUUGGCUACAGAUCAAAUCCUCUUCAAAAUUGCAUGGUGUAUUUUGCGUUGCUCAAAGACAAGAAAUCAUUCAAGAUGCUUACACUGCCCCUAUUUAUUUUCUCUGACUGGAACGGGGUUGGCUACCAUGACGACUUAGCAAUUGGAAUGCCAAACUCUAGGUUCAUCAAUGGUUUUGUAAUUUUGAGGUCACCAGUGAUUUGUUAUACAGAAUUGUGGGUGAAAAUGAAAACAUCUCUGGCAAGUUCCAGUCAGUUUCUGACCAGUUUUUGACACAGACUGGUCUGAUGUUGAUUGUCACAUUUUUGUAGCACAUACUCUUAAGGAUCGGGCCAAAAAGUCUGUUUUCUUGAAUGGUUCCUUCCUAUUUAGGUUUGAAUUGUAGAAUCACUGGUGCUGGUGCCCCUUUGUCACUCGUGUCAAAUAGUAAAAGGAAAUGUGCCGUUAUCGAUCGGAAUUGUAGAAUCACAUUACUGUACGAUUAUCGAUCGAAUUACUGUUACAAUAGUAACUUGCAGUGCAGUAUAUUCAAUUUGGUAGUAAUUAGCAACUUGGUGACAUUGUUGUUCGUGCUUGGCAUAAUGUAGACGAUCUAUGUUUCUUCUGUCUCUUUUCUUUUGUGUUUCUUUGGGAUUCUUGUAGAUGGUGGAUGUGCCUGGGUGCCGACUACUGUUUGAACGAACUGAUCGUGCCUUGCUCAUUUUCUACCGGCAUCGGAUGUUUUUGACCGACUCCAGGGCACCUCAUAUCUACCGUUGCUGAGGUUUAAAUUGUAAAAUUCCCGUCCUGUAGUUCUUUAAUUACAACUAAUGCACCAGGCGAACGAAAAUUCUUGUAAUGUAUUCACAAAUAUUUCUAGAGAAGUUUGCAGUGUAAAUAUAACAAUGUUCGUUUCAAUGGAGUGCACCUACUAAUUAAUGUA